CAGAGGAACUCUCCGGUCCACCUUAAAUGUUUGUGACAAACAUGGCGUUUUUUUCCGUCUCGGGGGAAAGUAUGGUGUCCUGCCCCGCCCUGACUGAACACAGACUCGACGGAGGGAACCUCACAGUGAAAAGUCCACAGACACUAUCAAGUCCACAUCUGCACCCAGAGUCCAAUGGUCAGGGUCUGCACCGGAGCUGCUUCCUGCACACAGCACACACACUGCAUGAGAGGACACUGACUGCUGCUGACUGGCUCUGAGCACACCGAGCACAACCUGCUGACACAUUACAGAGCACAAAGUUAGGCCGAGGUCUCGCAGUCAUGUCCGGGCAGCCUCGAUUUGUGAGUCCGUUUCACAGACCUCAGUGUUUGGCUGCUGCAGCUCCGGCGGGGGGAGCUAAGUUCACACACCCGGGGAAGGCGAUCCUGGCAGGCGGGAUCGCAGGAGGCAUCGAGAUCUGCAUCACCUUCCCCACAGAGUACGUGAAAACACAGCUGCAGCUCGACGAGAAGGCCAAUCCUCCCAAAUACAGAGGCAUCGUUGAAAUUGUAUUCGGGGUGUUUGAGUUCCUCAGUAACAAGGUGCGUGAUGAAAAUGGAAAACUAGACGGCAUGACGGGAUUCCUCUGCGGCCUCGGAGCUGGAGUUGCAGAGGCUGUGUUUGUAGUGUGUCCUAUGGAGACAGUAAAGGUCAAAUUCAUCCAUGAUCAGACAUCAGCAAACCCAAAGUACAAGGGCUUUUUCCAUGGAGUGAGGGAGAUUAUUAGAUCCCAAGGACUGAAGGGGACGUACCAAGGUCUCACAGCCACCGUGUUGAAACAAGGCUCCAACCAGGCCAUCCGCUUCUACGUCAUGACUUCCCUGAGGAACUGGUACAGAGGUGAUGACCCCAACAAAAAAAUUAACCCCCUGGUGACUGGUAUGUUUGGAGCUGUUGCUGGUGCUGCCAGUGUGUUUGGGAACACUCCCCUGGAUGUCAUUAAGACCAGAAUGCAGGGUCUGGAAGCUCACAAGUACAAAGGCACAGUGGACUGUGCCAUCAAGAUCAUGAAGUAUGAAGGAGUAAAAGCGUUCUACAAAGGUACUGUGCCCCGGCUGGGUCGGGUGUGUAUGGACGUGGCCUUAGUCUUCAUAAUCUACGACGAAGUUGUGAAGGUCUUAAACAUUGUUUGGAAGACAGACUGAAAAGGACCCCCCCGACGGUGCAACUCAACAAGCAGGAGUGUUAGGACAGGCCAAUCACAUUACUAACCAGGCCAAGUCCCAAACCAGUCUCCUUAAACCCUGCGUCUAGGUUCUAAUAUCUACCUCUAAGUGAUUUUCAGAGAGAAAGAAAGGGAUUGGUAUGUUCUUGAUUUUAUUUAUAACACCGCUAUGACAAGUGGAAGCAUGAUCUGCAUGAAAAAAGGCUUCAGACUGCAGUCACUGCUUGCUGUUUUUCUUAAAUUCCAGAAGGGGGGAAGUUCCUUACGAGGUCAGGGAAAGGAACGGGGCAUUUAUUUAGAUUCGAUUGACUUGAGAUUUGGGAACGCCAGCCAACAGCACAGACAACCACAGUGCUUUGAGUUCAGUUAUACUGAUGCUUUAUGAACUUAAUCAAAGAAAAACCAAUGCCCGACCCAACUUAAUGUGAUUAAGAUGCUGCAGGCAAGGAAAUCAUACUUGAAAUGAGAGAAUAUACCACAGAUCGAACAUUGUAAAGCCCUCUUUAUGCAAAUGUGUAGAUGUUUCUCUAUUAGACUUUUCAAAAGUAUUAUUUCUUUAAUUUUCUGAUGAGAUCAUUUAUGUUAACAUGUCACAUGCCGCAGGGGCUACAGGUACAUUCACAACUAAAUGCCUUAAAUCACAAUUUCCAGAUGAAUCCAGAUUGUAGGUCCUUGUAGAUCCAGAGAGGCAGCUUUUAAUUAUGUCACACGACUUCUAUAGAAACGCACAUUUUCCACAAAACAGUGCUAAGUUGCAGAGAUGUUUUAGAUCAAUUAGCUAGAUUGAUGCUACAAAAAAGUGCCUAUGUAUUGUGAGAUUCAUUUUGAGAUUAAGAAUGAUUGAAUGUUGUGUGUGCUCAGUCACUACAGAUUGUUUUGUGAUAAUAAGCUCUGUUGCACACGCUGCAGCAGUGCCAGAUGUUUAAUUCCAGGUAGUUUCUGAAGUAUUCCUGUGAUGUUCAUACCCUCUAAAUUCAUUGUAAUUAUUGAUGAAGUUUUUGCUUUUAAAAUUCAUAUUGCCAUUAUUGCAUAGACUGUUAGAGAAGUGCCAUUAACAGUGCCUUCCAUCUCAUUCCAGAGUGGUUUAGGAUAGCUUUUAUUGCAGAUUCCGUUUUUAAUUUUUAACCACGUUAAUUGCCUUUUACUUUUUACACAAAUGUAUGACAGAAUAUGCCAACUGCUGCUCAUAUACUUAUAUAUAAUGCCAUGUUUUAGACUGGAGUUUGUAGCUUGUGAGUCUGACAUAUUCACAUGCAAUGCAAUUAACUGUUUUUACAACUGUUUUCUUUUUUAGCUCCAGUUUGCAUACAUGUGGACUCUGUGUCAUAGCUAUUUAAAGAGCUUUUUCUUAAAUGUUAAGACUUGAAAAAAUUCCAGUAGUAAAACCGAGUAUUGUGCCUUCAGUCUAAUUAAUUCUAACAUGGAUGCUGACAAAUAAAUGUUGGAUCAGACUGUUAA